GAGAUUGUAUGGAUGGAUCACAUUAGUAUUCCUGUCCUAUCAAUGUGCGGGGCCACGACCAACGUCAGCCGGACCGAGUCCGUGCGUCUGCCAGUCCCGCCGCGGAUUCAUCUGGGAUCCUCACACAGCCAAGUCCACGGAGACGAGGGAUCAAGGCGGCCCGAUUAGUGCCAAUUGCCUGCUGCGGAACAGCUCGCCCCUUCCAGGUCUGGCGAGCGUGGAGGCGGGGUGGAGAGGCGAGCCGCGCGCCGCUGCGGGAAGACACCGAAGCAAGAGCGACACCCCCUCCCGCCACCCACCCUGCAGCGCAGGCUUCGAACGCCAGCUUCCCCCAUCUGAAUGGAAACUCGGAGCCGCCCGGCGGCGCGUUCCUCCUCGCUCAGCCUGUCAAUCCAUGCGGAGAGGAAGGCGGUGCGAGCCCGCGCCAGCAGCGUCCAGCUCCCGGGACAGGGCCGGCUAUGCUGCUGAGCAGAACUUGAUCGCGCCUCUCCGUCGCUGCUAGCGGAAGCGAUGCUGUACCGCACAGGCAGCGCUUCCCCGGUUCUCCUUCAAGCUGAAGGUUACCCACCCGCGCAGCCAGCCGCAACCUUGUGAGCCGCGCGCGCCUCAGGUCCUGGCUCCGGCUGCUCCGCGGCGGUGUGCAGGGGCAACCACCCGGCUGCCCGCGCCGGGGCGCACUGCACCAGCAGCUUCGGCUUCGUGGAUGUGUAUGCAUGAGUUCUGCACCGAAUGGGCGCAAAAAGCGCCCCAGCCGGUCCACCCGCUCCUCGAUCUUCCAGAUCAGCAAGCCUCCGUUGCAGAGCGGGGAUUGGGAGCGCAGGGGCAGCGGCUCCGAAGGCGCCCACAAAACCCAAAGAGCCCUGGACGACUGCAAGAUGCUUGUCCAAGAGUUUAACACGCAAGUGGCCCUGUACCGAGAAUUGGUCAUUUCUAUUGGGGACGUCUCAGUCAGCUGCCCCUCUCUGCGAGCAGAAAUGCACAAGACAAGAACCAAAGGCUGUGAAAUGGCCCGUCAGGCACACCAAAAGCUGGCUGCCAUCUCAGGCCCGGAAGAUGGUGAGAUCCAUCCCGAAAUCUGUCGGCUUUACAUCCAGCUGCAGUGUUGCCUAGAGAUGUACACAACGGAGAUGCUGAAGUCCAUUUGUCUGCUGGGGUCGCUUCAGUUUCAUCGAAAAGGAAAGGAAGCUAGUGGAGGAGCAAAGAGUUUGGACAGCAAAAUUGAGGAGAAUGCUGAAACACCUGCCCUGGAAGAUUCCUUGUCAUCCCCUCUAGAUAGCCAGCAGCAGUCCUGGCAGGUGGCCACAGAUAUCGAAAACACCGAAAGAGACAUGCGAGAAAUGAAAAACCUUCUUAGCAAACUCAGGGAAACGAUGCCUUUACCACUGAAAAAUCAAGAUGACAGCAGCCUUCUCAAUCUCACUCCCUACCCCAUGGUCAGAAGACGGAAGAGAAGGUUCUUCGGGUUAUGUUGUCUUGUCUCAAGCUAGGUGGCUCCCCGGAAACUCACCACCAAGAUCACCUGAAAAACACCACAGAACCGGAAGACCUCCACCCAGCGGAACACGGAGAACGGUUUUGACCAUGUUUUCUAUGCUUCCUCAUUACUUUUAUCGGCCUCUCCCUGCCCUUUUAAAUGAUUUCACACUUGAAAGCAGCUGCCAUCAAGGGAAAAAAGAAGAACAGAUUCAAAGAGGCGCAGCCUGUUUUUAAAGGGGAUUUUUAAAAAGUUGACAUUGUGCAUGUCUGCUCUGAACCAUGCCGUGACAGAUGCAAGAAUUAUGAUUUUUAAAUUAUUUAAAGGUUUUUUAAAUGUAUUAUACAGAAAAAAAAUAUUUCACAUAUAAUAGUAUAUCUUGCUGAUAUCAUGUUAACAAUUUAUCAGAUAUAAAAGAUGUCUCUAAAUAUAGAAAUCUAUUUAAAACAGCAAAACUGUUCAAGAAUCCAAUCUAUGAGCAUCACUAGAAAUACUAUAACCAAACACACACCACCUCAUCACGUGUUGCUUUCUCUGCGCUCAUUUACAUUUAGUCUUCCAUUGUGUCAGUCAACAUAAAAAACAUCUUACUUUAUAAUGCAACAGAGUCAUAUAUGAAAAAUCCAUUUUGUAAAUACACAGUAAUCCUACUAUCUUCAAACAAUGCAUAUGGACAACUAACUUUCUUUUAUUCCAAUGGUGUCUUUUUAAGCUUCUUGGAAAAUGAAGUUAUCCAGUUAGGAAAUGGUGUAGUAACAUAUACAAUUACCCGCAGAUGUAAAAUUCAAUAUUAUCACAUUUUGUUUGAAUUGAAACCUGAAGCAUGGGUCCGCACAUCAGCAUAGUGUUAAAUCUUAUAGGGCAUGCUGGAAUUAGCUCAGAUCAUAAAACUAUUUAACGUUUUACAUUAUUAAUGAAAAAAAUGUUUUAGUUAAGCUUAGCUUGUCUCAUUUUAGAUGACUAUGCAGAUAUGACUUUUCCAAUGUGUACUCUGUGUCCUGUCUUAUGCCUGGACUCUUGAGAACGGGACACAUUAAGCAAUACUGUAUUUUAGAAAAGAGGGAGCCACACGCUGUGUUGUUCUGCUCAUGGCUCUGCUGCGCUCUUUUUCCACAAACUUGUAAUAUGCUACAAAUCCUGUUUUAUUUCCUCCUGUCCUUCCUUUGACCCUUUUCAUGAUGAAAUUUCCCAGGAGUCUUUGCACUUUUGUUCCCAGCUCUGAAAGAUCUCCAAGUCAGACCAGAGGCACAGGUGUCCAAUCUAAAGAGAGACAGACUAGCUGCCUGCAAGUGACUUUAAUCCCAGCCCUGGGAAGGCACUUAUUAGUACAUUAAUUUUCUGGCCUAAAAACUAAAUAUUUUAAAGCCUUUCACUUUACGAAAGAUGGAGAGAGCACAGAUAAUUAUUGUAUUAGGUUGAAUUCUAUAAAAUGGCUGGUAUUUGACUGUUUUGAUCUAUAUACAAAAAAAAUCAGCAAUUUCACAUAGAUCAACCUAAAAUCUACAAAGGUAAUCGUAUAGCACUUGGAAUUUUCUCCUAUAUUUUUGUAUCAAAAGUGAAAGAAUUCCAGUAUGGAAGAGGUCUCCAAAGUCUAUUAUUGGUCUGCAUUUCAAUUCCACUAGUUGCUGUCAGCCAUAUUCUUGGUACCCCACCCCCAUCCCCAACUAUACUGCACUAAGCUGGUAGCUAAUGUACUGUUACUAGUAUGACUGGAUUCAGUAAGAGAAGGACUUUUGAGAAGUUAUAUGAGACAAUUACAACUUUCUAAAUGGAAUGUGGAAACAAUGGAAAGAAUGUGUUCUUUCAAGACUCCUUACAAGGAACCACUCCCAACUCUUCUGGCCUGCCAUCUUGAAUAAAGCUUACUCUUCUCUCCUGA